CGACUUGACCUCAAACCCAACGCGACGCGCAUCCAUCGCUUCUCCUCCGUAUCCUCCUCCAGAUAGCGGCGGCUGCCUCGCCUUCUCCGACGAGCUCCACCGCCGAGUCGCCGCCCCUUGCCAGGACAGGAUGGUGGUGGCCACGGAGGAAAUGGCGGUCUACUGCUUCGACGCCCUCGUCUCCCACUACAGCGGCGACCAGCCGCCGCCGCCCGCCUUCGAGGAGGGCAUCCACCCAUUGUUUGUCACCUGGAAGAAGGCUACCAAUGGUUCAGAACCACGCCUUCGAGGAUGCAUUGGAACCUUGGAGGCUCGUCAGAUUGUCACUGGCUUCAAGGAGUAUGCGCUCACAAGUGCAUUGAGGGACCGCCGCUUUCCUCCUAUACAGUCGAAAGAACUGCCGUAUUUGGAGUGUACAGUAUCUAUACUGACCGAAUAUGAAACUGCACUUAACCACCUUGACUGGGAGGUAUGCAACUACACAUUGGUUUUAGUCGUUCUUUCACUCUCUUCUAAUAAUCUUGUGGUACUGCAGGUGGGUAAGCAUGGGUUAAUUAUUGAAUUCACUGAUCCAGACUAUAACAUGAGGCGCAGUGCAACUUAUUUACCUGAGGUUGCUGCCCAUGAAGGAUGGACACAUCUAGAGACCAUUGACUCACUGAUGAGGAAGGCAGGUUACAAUGGUACCAUAACCGACUCUUUGAGGAAGAAACUCCGUGUCACCCGCUACCAGAGUACCUUGUACACUAUGCACUAUGGUGAAUACGCUGCCUACGUCAAGAAGAACAGAGGAGCUGCACCAGAAAUUAACGGGGCACCUAUAAUUAAUGGCUUCAAACCAGGCCAUUGAAUCAUCUGUAUUGCAUCAUCUAAAAUGACUUUAUAAUUUAUCUGGGAGCACCUGGGGUGAGAAUUUGUUUGGAAAACUCCACCCCUUGCCGCUCAUUGAUAUGCCAUCAUUUUCAUUCGAAAGAAAGGGGAAGCUAUGACAGCAUAUCCCCUAAAUUAUGCCGCCUGGACAAACAGUGGUGAAUUAGUUAUGUAUCUUGCAAAAAUUAUGGGCUUCCGGUGCCCAAAAAAUGAUGGCAUGAAUUGAUUCAAGCUGCUUUGUUACCCAAAAUAAUCACAUGUCUUUUUCAGCA